GGAGAAUGCACACACAAGCAGUAUGACACUCUUAGCCAGACACUGCCAGCUUGCUGCCUCGUCCAGUUAUCCUCCUGCUGAGCUCUGAAGACCCAGCACCAAAAUGUCAAAAGCAGCUAAAAACACUGAUGAUAUCCGAACUUUAGCUGAGAAAGUAUUUGCAACAGAAGUUCUUAACGUCGAUUCCAAGGAAGACAUAUGUCCUUUUGAUGUGAUAGACAAUUGCCCCAUUGCACAUCAUGAGCUGGCAGAUUACAUGGCUAAGCAGGAUACCAAAGAGGCUCAAGAGAAAAGGAGGAGGCGUUUACAGCUACUAAGGACGGUGAUUGGCAAAGUUCCAGAUGAAGGACCAAGGCCUAUUGCUGUGACAGCACCUGAAGAUUCAUCCCCACUGUAUAAAACUGUGCCGGAUUUCCAGAGAGUAAAAAUCACAGGAGACUUUGCAUCUGGGGUGACUGUGGAUGACUUUGAGCAAGCUGGAAAAGGUCUGUUUCGGGCCCUGACUAUACGGGAAAAGAACAUGAGAGCCUCCCAACAGCGAUUCCCAAGAACAGUAUCCCAAUACCUCAGAGAUAUUGAAGGGGCAUCCUGGAAGGAGCAAGAUGAGAUCCACCCAGUCUUUACUGCUCGAAUUAAAAAAGGUGAGGAUCCUUUCAGGAUGGAUAACCUACCUGCUGAUCUUGGAUAUAAAUUUAAGGUCAAUGAUGGCGUAGUUUUCGUCUACCCAGAUGAUGAUGCUCUGGCAAAAGGCAGACCAAAGGAUCUUAACUACCCAGAUGUCCAUGCCUUUGUAAACGAUAUGAACUUCUUAAUUACACUUAUUGCUCUUGGACCUAUUAAGACAUAUACUCAUCGGCGCCUGAAGUUCCUGUCAUCUAAAUUUAAGGUCCAUGAAAUGCUGAAUGAGCUAGAAGAACUGAAAGAGUUGAAAAACAACCCUCAUCGAGAUUUUUACAACUGCAGAAAGGUUGACACUCAUAUACAUGCCGCAGCCUGCAUGAACCAAAAGCACCUUCUCCGCUUCAUCAAGAAAUCAUACAGAGUGGAUUCAAAUCGGGUGGUUUAUAAUUCUAAAGGCAAACAGUUGACCUUAAAGCAAGUAUUUGAAAACCUGAACCUUCACCCUUAUGACCUGACAGUAGAUUCCCUAGAUGUCCAUGCAGGAAGGCAAACAUUUCAACGCUUUGACAAGUUUAAUGCUAAAUACAACCCAGUUGGUGCCAGCGAAUUGCGAGACCUGUACCUGAAAACUGAAAACUUUAUUGAUGGUGAAUAUUUUGCCACUAUCAUUAAGGAAGUGGGAUCAGACUUGGAAGAUGCUAAGUAUCAGUAUGCUGAGCCUCGCUUGUCAAUCUAUGGGCGUUCUCCUGAAGAAUGGACUAAACUGGCUUAUUGGUUUAACAAGCACAAGGUUUACAGCCCCAACAUGAAAUUCAUGAUCCAAGUUCCAAGAAUAUAUGAUAUUUUCAGAGCUCAGAAGUUUGUACCUAAUUUUGGAAAAAUGUUGGAAAAUAUCUUCAUGCCGGUAUUUGAAGCAACAGUCAACCCAAAUGCUAACAAAGAGCUCAGCGUGUUACUCAGACAUAUAACUGGCUUUGACAGUGUGGAUGAUGAGUCUAAACACAGUGGUCACAUGUUUUCAUCAAAGAGUCCACUUCCCCAGGAAUGGACCAUUGAGAAGAACCCAUCGUAUACUUAUUAUAUCUACUACAUGUAUGCCAACAUCAGAGUGCUGAACAACCUGAGGAGGGAGAGAGGAAUGAACACUUUCCUGUUCCGCCCUCACUGCGGAGAGGCUGGCGCUAUCACUCAUCUACUUGCAGCAUUCAUGACAGCAGACAAUAUCUCUCAUGGAUUGAACUUGAAAAAGAGUCCCGUGCUGCAAUACCUGUACCUUUUGGCGAAAAUCCCCAUUGCCAUGUCACCCCUGAGUAAUAACAGCCUGUUUCUGGAAUAUGCUAAGAACCCAUUGCUGGAUUUCCAUGAAAAAGGCCUGGUAAUAUCUUUGUCUACAGAUGAUCCUAUGCAGUUCCAUUACACCAAGGAGCCUCUUAUGGAAGAAUAUGCCAUUGCUGCCCAAGUUUUCAAGCUCAGCACCUGUGACAUGUGUGAGAUUGCAAGGAACAGUGUUCUGCAGUGUGGAUUGUCCAAAGAGGAGAAGCAGCAUUGUCUUGGGGAAGACUAUCACAUGGAAGGGCCACAAGGCAAUGAUAUCCGCAAGACUAAUGUGGCCCAGAUAAGGAUGGCUUACAGAUAUGAAACCUGGUGUUAUGAGCUCCAUCUCAUCCUACAGGCUUUAAAAACAGCCGAGUAAAGAAUACUACAGGCAGUCUACACAAGUUUUAACCUCAUGGGCCAUUACUGAAGAAACUUCAAGCAAGUUUGAAUCCCCCUGUAGGUGCCAUGUUAAAAUCCUACACAGAAUUUAUAUACGACAAAAGUGUUCAUCCUAACAUUAUUGCUGUUAAAGUGCUUUUUAGCAGAUAUGCUCAUUUAGUUGUUUACCUCAUGUAUAUCUUCUCCGUGCUUUUUUUUUGGGCCUCUACUGACUCAUUUUCACCAUGUAAACAAAUCUCUCUGUUUGAAGCAUUUCCUGUUGCUGGAUCCAACCUCUCGUUUGUCUGCGUACGGCUCUGGCACUGCCCCUAAAAACACCCAACUGCCCCUAAUCCCUCCCACCCAGUUAGCUGCCUCCCCUAUCACUGCCAAUGUUACUACUUUAACACGCCCAUGGACACAACAUCACAGGAAAAAAAAAGCUGCGUGGACAUGAUCAUGAGACCACAGCCAAGAAUGGAAGAUAGAAGCGUUAAUGGUAAAAGAAUUACAUUACAAAAUUAUAGUUAGCUAGGUAAAAAAGUGUUUUAAAAUAAAAAAAAAUUAACAUUUCAAAUUCCCCGACUUUCCCGAUAAUAAAAAUAAAUAAACAAUAAAAAAUAGACAUUGCCACACCCAAAAUGCCUGAACUAUUAAAAUAUAAAUGUAUUUAUCCCGUGCGGGCUAUUAUGAAAAAAAUUAAAAUGGGCAAUACUAAAUUUUUCAACUAUUUAUCUCCCCCCCCCAAAAAUGAAUAAAAAGUGACUAAAAAGUCCAAAUGUUAAAUCAAUAAAAACUGCAUAUCACGCCACCCAAAAAUUCCUCACACAGCCACGUUGACAUAACUAUAAAAAAUUUAUGGCGGCCGAAUACGCCAAUGAAAAGAAAAAAAUAAUUUUGUACAAUGUUUCUAUUUUUUUUUCAGAAAAACUAUAUAAUUGUUGUAUCACUGUAAUUUCACUGACCUGGAGAAUGAAGGUAACAGGUCAGUUUUACCACAUAGGAAACGCUGUAAAAUCUAAACCCAUAAAACUGUAGUGGAGUUUCAUUUUUUCCAUCAUAUGCAAUAAUAAAUGUUGCGAUUAGAUAGUACAACUUGUCUGGCUGAAAUCAAGCCCUUAUAUGGCUAUCUGGAAAGAAAAAAGUUAUGGCUCCGAGAAGGCUUGGUGUAAAAAACGAAAAUCAUCCAGUUUGGAAAGGAUUAAAAGAUGUUGUCCCUGGUCUUAACAUUUCUUUGGAUAAACCUCCCAAGUGUGCCUUAUUUGAACCAACUUUGUCUUUUCAAUGUCACUCAUUUUCAUUUGAAUCAAUUUGUAAUAAUAAUAAUACAUUUACAAUUUUACUCCAGAAAGAUGAUUUGUAACUGUCUACUCUUUAUUAUAUGCAAUUUAAAGGGGUCAUCCAUACUCCUAAUAUUGAUGACCAACCUUCAGGAUAGGUCAUCAAUAUCCAAUCAGUGAGGGUCUGACUCCCAACAUUCCCACCUAUCAACAGUUCCCUGCAGCAUUUGGUGGC